CAAUCCCUUCGAAAUCUGUCCCAAAUUUCUCCCAUUUUUUUUAGGGUUUAUGCAGGACUUCAAUUUCUUCUCUUCUGUUUUUUAGGGUUUAAACUAUCUAUUGAUUUAUUUAUUUACUUAAUUAUCAGUUUUUGUUAUUGCAGUGAAUCAAUCAUAGCUGAGAAGGAAGGAAUUACAAAUCUAGAGAAAUGGAUUCAUCACAAGCUUCAACGAUAGGGACGGGAGGGAGCGGUGGGAAUGGGAUAGUAAGCACUCAAACCAACGACACGGCAAAAACAACGCCUAAUGAUGAUCCAAAGCAGAAUCUGACUCAAGUAAUAAACUCCAUCCAGAAAACUUUAGGCCUUCUCCAUCAACUAUACCUCACCGUCUCUUCUUUCAAUUCCGCUUCGCAGCUCCCUCUCCUUCAACGCCUGAAUUCCUUAGUUACAGAGCUUGAUAACAUGGCAAAAUUAUCUGACAAGUGUAACAUUCAAGUGCCUAUGGAAGUUCUUAAUUUGAUUGAUGAUGGGAAGAACCCUGAUGAAUUUACGAGGGAUGUUUUAAACAGCUGUAUUGCAAAAAAUCAGGUUACUAAAGGCAAAACCGAUGCCUUUAAGAGUUUACGGAAGCAUCUUCUGGAAGAGCUUGAACAGACAUUUCCGGAUGAAGUUGAAACGUACAGGGAGAUACGUGCGAGUUCUGCUGCUGAAUCUAAACGGCUUGCUCAAUCACAAAGCAUUUUACCAAAUGGAGAUGUUAAGGUCAAAACUGAGCUUUAGAUGCUCAUAACUGGAGUUUUUUUUCCCCCUUUUUCAAAUUUAUAGGUUUCUGUCUGUACAAGAUGUGGGUGAUACAUUCUGAUGUAACUGCAUUUCCUGUUUGUAACAAGAAUGUGACAAUUUGUACUACACUCUUUCCUAUAUUAAUGAUGGGAACGUUUGAGCA